UCUUCACGCAGUUCUUGCACGAUGCAGUGCGUGAUGCAGAAAUCAUUAUCAGUGAAAGGGUGCUGCUUUUACUGUUGCGACACCAAAGCGUCAAGUAAUGUGUAUUCUUCCCAAAAUGUUACAGAUAUCGAAGGAAGAUCUUUUUAUAUGUAUGAGCUAAUGAUAUAGCAUAGUAAACUAUGUGCUUUUUCAUGUAAGUAUAGAUAAGUGAUGAUAUCCACAGUUCAUACCUUCGUACAGAUAACACUCGUCGGAAUUUUCCACUCGGACCUCUCAGCACCCUUUCUCCCUUGAUUUCUAGGGGAGAAAGAAGGGUGAGCAUCGCGAGACCAACAUUUUUUUGGGGCGCAUUAAUCGAAAAGAUGAAUACACAUACACACACACCCCAGAGAAAAACUCGCCACAUGCUGGGCUCCCCAUGCUAUAUAAUGGUUAUGCUAUGAGUAAUAGAGCAUUUGCUUGUCCAUCGUCAUUAUGCCUCGCUACCAUUCUGCCAGCGCCACCACCUUUGACCAUCACUACCAAGAUUCACAAAACUCUCGUGGCACUAUAAUCACCACUACUGCUACCAGUAAUAGUACAACACUAGCGCAACAACAUUCAUGGCAUAAAGAUGCCAUUGCCACGGCCUCAUUUGUAAGUGUCUUGCCUUUUGAACUCCUGUCCGCCAUUUUCGCCAUGCUCCCAAUGGAGCAAAGCAUCCGCUGCACUCGAGUCUGUAAAGCCUGGCGUUCGUUUAUCUUUUCUUGGGAAGGCCUGUGGCGCGAAUUAUCCGAUUCGACGUACGACUUUGCUCAUGUUCUAGCACCUUACAAAAGUCGUCUGUACGGUCAACAUGUCAAAGUGCCUUUUGUUAUUCCGUGAAGGAUCUUGUAGGCUGGCUUUAACUGAGUGGACGAUGAAUAAAUGUAUAGCGCACCUGCAUUCUGCAUUGU